AUUAUAAAGAAACUCCAGAAAAUUCAGAGAGCAUCAUUUGAGCGUGACCCCCCGUCCACACCCACCCCAAAUACACACACCCCCACGCACACCUCUAUACAUACUGCUCUCCAUGGCUGCAGCCUCAGCAGCCCCACUUGCCAUUAACGGAGCCGUGAAAAUGGGCACCACUUCUCAGGCGUAUUUGGACGGCAGCAGAGUCAGAGAAACCAAAUCCCUUAUUUCGGAGCUCUGCCGUCAAUUCUACCAUCUGGGUUGGGUUUCCGGCACCGGCGGCAGCAUCACCAUCAAAGUCCACGAUGAUUCCAUUCCCAAACCCCAACAGCUUAUCGUCAUGUCCCCCUCAGGUGUGCAGAAGGAAAGGAUGAUGGAGGAUGAUAUGUAUGUAUUAUCCCCCAGUGGUUCUGUGUUGUUUGAGCCAAUUGCAAAGCCAUGGCCGUAUAAGCCCCCCAAAUGUUCUGAUUGCGGCCCCCUGUUCUUGAAGGCAUAUGAAAUGUGUAAUGCUGGUGCAGUCAUCCACAGCCACGGAAUGGAAUCUUGCAUCGUAACAAUGAUUAAUCCUUCAUCAAAAGAAUUUCGGAUUACCCAUAUGGAAAUGAUUAAAGGAAUUAAAGGACAUGGUUACUAUGAUGAACUUGUGGUUCCGAUCAUCGAAAAUACUGCUCAUGAAAGAGAGCUCACCGAAUCUCUUGCUCAAGCAAUUAAAGCGUAUCCAAAAACGACAGCUGUACUUGUUCGAAACCAUGGAAUAUACAUAUGGGGUGAUUCAUGGAUCAGUGCUAAAACACAGGCUGAAUGCUACCACUACCUCUUCGAUGCCGCAAUUAAACUCCAUCAAUUAGGGUUGGACUGGUCAACACCUUCUCACGGUGCAAUCCAAACUCGAAAAGCCGGAGUUUCUGCAAAGGCAGGGGCUUUAAAUAACGGAACGGAACCACCACGACGUUGCAUUGUACUGGACAUUGAAGGAACCACCACUCCGAUAUCGUUUGUUACGGAUGUUCUCUUUCCAUAUGCUCGUGAUAGUGUGGGCAAGCAUUUGGAACUUACAUAUGAAACGAAAGAAACUCAAGAUGAUAUCAAGUUACUACGAGCCCAAGUAGAAGAAGAUAUAGAAAACAAUGUAGUUGGAGCAGUGCCUAUUCCCUCAGACGGAGAGAAAGAGGAUGUAAUAGCAGCUUUGGUUGCUAAUGUAGCCGCUAUGAUAAAAGCUGACCGGAAAAUUACUUCCCUCAAACAAUUACAGGGGCAUAUAUGGCGAACAGGGUUUCAAAGUAAAGAAAUCGAAGCAGUCGUUUAUGACGAUGUACCUGAAGCUCUUGAAAAGUGGAAUGCUCUUGGAAUUAAGGUAUACAUAUAUUCGAGCGGUAGUAGGUUGGCACAAAAGCUCUUGUUCGGUAAUACAGGUUAUGGGGACCUCCGAAAAUACUUGUGUGGAUAUUUCGACACUACAGUGGGGAACAAAAGAGAAACGAAAAGCUACAUUGAAAUAACGGAGUCUCUGGGAGUCGAUAAUCCAUCAGAGAUUUUAUUUGUCACAGAUGUGUAUCAAGAAGCUACAGCUGCAAAAGCAGCAGGUUUAGAAGUGAUAAUAUCUGUUCGCCCCGGAAAUGGACCUCUUCCGGAGAAUAACGAGUUCCGGACAAUCAAAUCCUUUUCAGAAAUCUAAUAAGGAAUUUAAUCUCUGUAAACGGCGAUGUAACUGAAUCAAAUGAAAAAUAGAUAAACCGGACACGCUGUUGUCGAGGCGAACCUUUGUCCGAAACUUGUUUUGUCCGAAACUUGUUUAAUUGCUUAAAAUAUUCCCAGAAUCAAGUUUUUUUUCUUGUCUGAAA